AUGGUGUAUCGCAGGUCGUUCGUAAUAACGCCCAACCUUCGUUUACCAGACUUUGUCGACACUGCGUUUCCUGUCUUUCACCCUCCAGCCGCCAGGACGCAGUUUUUGUACGCCGAUUUCGCCGAAGUCACCGGAAAAAUUUUUACUGACCCUACCGGCCGUUUUGUCACCACUUCAAGCUCCGGCAAUGCAUACAUGCUAGUGGUUUAUGACUACGAUAGCAAUUUUAUUCAUGUCGAAGCCAUGAAGAACCGCACCGGUCCCGAGAUUUUGAGCGCCUACAAGCGUGCUCACGCCAUGCUAUCCUCCAAAGGUUUGCGCCCCCAACUCCAACGCUUAGACAACGAAGCCUCAACUGUGUUACAACAAUUCAUGUCCUCUGUCGAUAUUGAUUUUCUAUUAGCUCCUCCUCACGUGCACCGUCGGAACGCCGCCGAACGGGCCAUCCGCACGUUCAAAAACCACUUCAUUGCAGGUCUGUGCAGCACAGACAAAAACUUUCCGCUUCACCUUUCGGAUCGCUUACUCCCACAAGCCAUCAUGACUCUUAACCUUCUUCGAGGGUCUCGUAUCAACCCAAAUCUGUCAUCCUGGGCCCAACUCCACGGCUCGUUCGACUACAAUCGUACCCCUCUGGCUCCCCCGGGCAUCCGCGUGCUUGUACACGAAAAACCGUCAAUUCGCAGAACUUGGGCCCCCCACGCAGCCGACGGUUGGUACGUUGGCCCCGCCAUGAACCAUUACCGAUGCUAUCGCGUCUGGGUCAAGGAGACCACCAGCGAACGCAUUUCGGACACUCUGACCUGGUUUCCCAGCCAAGUCAAAAUGCCCAGCACCUCGUCUCGCGAUACAAUUGUCGCCGCUGCUCACGAUCUUGCCCAUGCUCUGGCACAUCCCUCUCCUGCGUCGCCUUUAUCACCUCUUUCGGUCAACGAACGCGAAGCCCUCUCGCAACUUUCAGAUAUUUUUUCAAAAGCCGCUAACCCAGUUGACUCGUCCCUCCCAGUUGCUCCCACGGCAACCCUAAGUCCGCCAGCUGCAUCUACUUCUUCACCUCGUCAAGUCCGCUUCCGAAACCCGGUCACUGAAUCACUUCCAAGGGUGCCGACCGCCACAGCCGCCCCUCCGCAGUCACUUCCGAGGGUGCCUCCCCCGGACUCCGAGGCCGAGACAUAA